AUGAGUAUGCCACCCAACCACAAUCCUCCCUUCCCUGGCUACUGUGCACCCUUUCCCGUCAAUAUAUCGAACCUGGUCAUGGCUAUUAUUGGAGCUGCGUACCCUUUUAAGAGUGCUGAAGACGGCACCGGAGUCUCGAUGCUCGAAUCGUUUGUAAACUCGUCUCCGGGAGCCAGUCGCCCCUCGUUCUGGGAAACCACAUCAGUGGCCGACAGACGCUAUUACUACAACAUUGCUAUCAUUACGUACUGGCCUUCCGCUCUUGCAUUCGACUGCUGGAAAGCCGAGUCGGAAUUUGGGAAUUGGUGGAAAAAUGCGGACCGCAAGUCUGAUGGGCACGGAUAG